AUGCCUCUCUUCACCAUCUUUCCCUUGUUGUAUAUUACAAACACAAUUAUCAUAGGUAUCCCAACAAUUGCGAUCUCUGAUUCCUCCUUUAAAGGGAAUGAAACAGAUCAUUUCACGUUAUUAGCCAUCAAAGCUAAGAUAACCUCUGAUCCUCAAAGAGUGCUGAGUUCUUGGAAUGAGUCUACCAAUUUUUGCCUGUGGGAAGGUGUCACAUGUGGCCGUCGCCACAAAAGAGUGACAGUACUGAAUCUAACUGAGAAAGGAUUGGUAGGGAAACUAUCACCUUUUGUAGGAAACCUGAGUUUUCUGCACGCUCUUAUACUGACAAACAACACUUUCUGCGGCCACAUUCCUCCUGAAGUUGGUCGUCUUUCUAGGCUGCAAACUCUUAACCUGUAUCACAAUUCAUUCGAGCAAGAAAUCCCUGCAAACAUCUCUCGUUGCAUGCAGCUUAAGAUUCUUGAGUUGGGUUACAACAAACUCACUGGGAAUAUUCCUUCCCAACUUUCCUUGUUGUCCAAACUAGAAGUCCUCGGACUUGACUGCAACAACUUAACAGAUACUGAGGGACCUUCUGGCUUUCGAGGAAGAAUCCCAAAUUUUAUAGGGAAGUUCAAAGACCUCCAAGUUCUUGCACUUGGAGGAAAAUUCAUGCUGGAUGGAAGAAAUAUGAAGAACCUGUCGCAGGUACUUCUAUAUGAUGCCAUUUUUGGAAGAGGAAAAGCUAACGAUCUCUGUUUUAUAGACAAUCUAGUGAACUGUAGUCGCUUAGAAAUCUUGUUGUCUUCAGGAAAUUACUUUGGCGGGAUGCUUCCUCAGUCUGUAGCCAAUCUAUCUACCAAACUCCGAUGGCUAGAUUUUAGUAGCAAUCGAUUGUCAGGAAACAUUCCUUUGGGGAUGAGUAGUCUUUUGAACCUACAAUAUCUUCAUCUAAAUGAUAAUCAAUUCACUGAACUAUUCCAGCUGACAUUGUCCGGUACUAUUCCAACUAGUCUUUCUGAAUGUAUUGCUCUUACAAAUUUGUCUUUGAAAGGUAACUCCUUUUCGGGAUUCAUCCCUCCAUCUUUUAGUCAUUUGGAAGGUCUUCAUAAUGUCGAUCUCUCUUGUAACAAGUUGACUGGACAAGUGCCAAAAUACUUCUUCAACUUCUCCUCCAUGGUUUUGCUGAAUUUGUCUUUCAAUAACCUUGAGGGCGGAGUUCCAACCAAAGGAGUUUUUGCUAAUCUUAGUGUAAUAUCAAUUGUUGGGGUAGCUAUUGUGACAUCGCUUUAUCUGAUUUGUACAAAACGUCGAAGCAAAGCUUCAGUUUCAGGGCUCUUGUUUAAGGAACCAUUCAUAAAAGUGUCAUAUGACAUGCUUCUCAAAGCCACUGAUGGGUUUUCUACUGAGAACAUGAUUGGUUCAGAAAAGGUUGUUUCUAUAAAAGUGAUUAACAAUCAGCGCCGAGGAGCCUGUAAGAGCUUUGUAGCAGAAUGUGAGGCCUUGAGAAUUAUCCGCCAUAGGAAUAUUGUGGGAGUCAUCACUGCUGCUCUAGUAUUGACUUUCAGGGAAAGGUUAAAUAUAGCCAUAGAUGUAGCACAUGCCCUAGACUACAUCCACAACGGCAUUGGUACUUCUAUCAUCCAUUGCGAUCUAAAGCCCACCAAUAUUUUGCUUGACGAUGACAUGACUGCCCACAUUGGAGAUUUCGGGUUGGUGAAGCUUAUUCCAGAAAUAGCUGAGCAACUCUAUAACAGUAGCACUAUAGGAGUUAGAGGCACUGUUGGCUAUACUGCUCCUGAGUACGGCCUUGGAUCUUCAGUGUCUGCAGCAGGUGAUGUGUACAGUUACGGAAUCAUUUUGCUAGAGAUGUGA